AGGUGACCAUGAAGGUAUUCGGAGAAAGGCAAACGGAGCCGACUGAAGAGUUUAUUCUUCGCUUCUAUUAUAAAAUCCCGACACUUCCUCAACCUGCCUCAGAUUUAAUUUCCUCCUCCAUACAUCCAGUUUCCCAUUGUCUUCCUCCAAAGACCCACUUUGCCUCACAGUUGACAACCUCGAAAGCUUGUCAACUUGUCCAUCACGGCCAACCACUCCAAUACAUUCAUCGUAUCUUGAUACAUUUGUUCUACCUUGAUACGCUCCAUCCAUAAUAUCAUCUACACAUCGCAUUUGACAUCAUGCGUUCAUCAGUCCUCUCUACCCUCUUGUUGGGUGCCAUCCUUCCCGUUUUCGGCUUUGCCAAGGAAGUGUUCCACGAGACAAGGGAUGCUCAGUAUCUCAACAACACGAGAGCUUGUGAGGAACAAAAGGAUUUGCCCAACCAAGUCGGCUUCAUCAAGGUCGGCGAUCAGAACGAAGACGCAAAGAUGUGGUUCUGGUUCUAUGAAUCGCGCAAGGCCGGAAGUGACGGCCCCCUCGUCCUCGUCGUUGGAGGCGGUCCCGGAGUCGCUGCUUCACACAUCAUGAUGGAUGGCACCGGCCCUUGCGUCGUGCCCGAAAAGAAGGACUACCCCAUCAAUAAUCGAUACCAUAGCCUCAACGAGUGGGCCUCCGUUCUAUAUGUUGACGCUCCCAUUGGCACAGGGUUCAGCACUGGAAAUACAUACAUCGACAAUACGGAAAUGGCGACCGAGUACAUGCUCAAGUUCCUCGGUAAAUUCUUCGACGAGUUUCCCAAGCUGCGACGGCGAAAGUUCGGCAUCUGGAGCAUCGACUAUGGCGCCCAUCUCGCGACCUCGCUUGGAGUCGAAAUCCUCAAGAAGAACAAGGAGGCUGGAAAGAAGGGGUUCAAGGGCGACUACCGCCCCAUCUCAUUUGACAACAUCGGCUUCGAUAGCCCUCAUCUAGACCUCACCCUGCAGCACAAGGCCGCCAUCGAGUACGCCCACGACAACGACUGGAUUGAAGUCAUCACUGCGAAAGACCGCGAUGCUCUCUUGAAGGACUUUGUCAAGUACGAGAAGCGGUGGAAUGACUGCGGCAAGCACCGGUACAUGGAUUGCACCAAGGAGAUCAAGGAGCACAAGGUCCUCUGGAACAACCUCACCGACGGUCGCGUCCACGGCAAGGGGCCCAGCUUGUCCCGCUACGUCGAUUUUGAAAACAUCCUGAAGCCACGCAAGAAUUAUAACCAUGAAAUGCGCCUUAGUAUGAUGCUGAACACCCGAGGAGCCCGCUGGUUGCGAGCCCAAGCGACACAGAAGAAGCUUGGCCUCAUGGGUGGCAAGAUCAACGGCGAGAAGAUCGAAUACAUGCCUUUCAGCGCUCGCCUGCACGACGACUUUUGGAAGAGUGGUGAUGUGAUCCGAUCUUCUCUCCCCCACCUCGACACCCUUCUCCAGGCCGGCAUCCGGACUUUGUUCGUGACUGGCGAUACUGAUUUCGUCACCAACCACAUCGGCGUUACCAGAAUCGCAGAAGGUAUCGAGUUUGACGGUCGGGAAGCAUUCAAGAACGCCAAAUUCUUCCCUAUCUUGGCAAGCCGCGAAGAAAAUGGCGACAAGGACGAAGAGGCUCUCUGGUACACGGCAGAGGUCGGCUAUGCCAGGACUGCCGGCCCCCUCACCGUCGUGAGGUACACCGGGGUUGGCCACUACGUUGGCGAGCGCAAGCCCGGUCUUUUGAGCAAGGCUUUCAAGAUUCACAGCCGAAAGCUUAGUUAUCUUCCUGAGCCUUAAUUGGAAGGAAGUCUAGCAAACGCUUCUAUCGAAGCCUUAAUGGGAAUACCUGGAGUUUGUUGUUUAAUCUUGUCGAGUUCAUAAAGCGGAAAGGACGUAAAAAAGAGUCUGAAAAAAACCCCCUGCUAUUCGGGACCUAGUGCCCACAUGCAAGGUAGUUAGCGAUCGAUAGAUUGUAACCUGAAUUGGAAAAUUCCUUCAAGAUUUCAUUUGGUGUCGUGACAUUUGCUGGGUCGAGCUCCAAUCCCCAACACGGAUUAGCAUCCUCCUUCUCCACCACAAGUCACGCUCUUAAAUGAAGAAGAUGGGCGAGACUCCGAGAGGUUCACGGUGGAGAUUAUUCCACGUC